CUGAAACCCCCUUUUUCUUCUUCUUGCUUUCAUGAAAUUGAAUUGAUUUCUGUGUUCUUUGUGCUUGUUCUUAUGCCUUACUCUUUUAAUAACUCGAGCAACCGGUACUUCACUACUUGGUGGAUUAUCAUGCUAUGGUUUUUGGGCAUGUUGACAUCAUCUGGUUGGCUGCCUGUCAAUAAGCCAUCUGACUGAUCAAUUUUAGCACAAAAAGUUAUGUCUUCAUUCAUUUUGCUGCAACUUGCUAAUUUCUGAAGCAAGAUCAAAAUACUUUCCUUUUGGGUUCAUUACUUCUUCCAGUGGUAUACCAUUUCUUGUGGUCUUCCUCAUAUUCUCCAAAAAACUUGAUGCCAGAUCACAUGAACAGUCUCUCAAGAUUUCCAAAUUUUCCUCACACAACGGACACACAGAGCCCCCCCCUCUCCCUCUCUCUCUCUCUCUCUCUAUGAUGUUAUGAAUCAUUACUAGGAUUGGCAGAUGCAGAUUUAAGAUAGCUGCUGCUUGUGUCAUGCCUACAUCACUUCUUUUUUCAGGACGUGGACUGAGAUGCUGUUCCUUAUUCUUCCCAGGCCAUAUCAUCAAGCAUAUUGGAUACGUUCUUAAAAUGUUUCAAACUUAUAGGAGAACUCCUGGAGAAGUUUCCAGUACUUCCACUGAUAACAAGAUUUCAAAUUCCAGCCAACACACACCCCGGGUUAACAAUGAAAUACCUGAUGCAAAUGAUGCAACAUUUGAUCAUGAGAGGCUUUCUGAAAGGUUAUCAACAUAUGGUCUAGCUGAAUUGCAAAUUGAGGGUGAUGGAAAUUGCCAGUUUCGAGCUCUUGCAGAUCAGUUAUUUCGUAACCCAGAUUAUCAUAAACAUGUCAGGAAGCAGGUUGUCAAGCAGGUAUUGUUUAGUGACUACCAAUAGGAUUUUCUUCUUCUUUACUCAAUAUAGUUAGUGCUCAGACACCUUUCUUGUGUUAUUGUUCAAUGAUGUGAUUGGUUGAGUGACCUUUUGCAUAGACAAUUUAGUCCAUUGGCCUAAAUUGAACUUUUAAUAUUUUAGUAACCAUUCCGAUUGUUCUAGUCUAAUUUUAACACCUUCUAUUUUAUCUUAGGUAAUCUUGAUGAAAUCUUGAACCUGGACAAAAGUUUGAUAGAAAUAUCUUUGCAAUACCUACCACUUGGAAAUCAGCGAUAUGUUCCAACAUGAUAUUGUAUAAACAAACUCAAAUGUUCGUAAAAGCAAUAAACAAAAAAAACGAGUAUGAUUUCUUGGCACAUUGUUAUGGAAGUGUACAACGUACACAUGGAGGCAGAAUACAAUAUCUUACCAUGCAAAAGAAAUUACAAUCAAGUUGCUCAUAAAGAUCUGUAUUAACAUGCAUUAAUGGUUUUUUUUUGUCUAUUGAACAUUGAAAAUUGGCAUUCUUCAGUAGAUUUACAAUAGGUAUUACUACUAAAUAGGUUGUUUUUAUUUAGUAAUGCCAUAGGGGAAUGCAUCAAAUGAAUUCUGUUGAUGUUUCAAUUAUUAGAAUACCCUUGUUUACUGAAGGUAUGAUGCUUAAACCGUUCUUUAAUCGAAAAUCAUGUAGUGUUCUUUUCAUUGGAAUGUAUCAUAGGUCCCUGUCUUGUAACAGAUAUAGAUUUGAACCUUUGCAUUGACUAGGUUUAUAGUGCUUCAUAUGGUUCUCUAACAGAUGAGUUACUUUUAUUCAAAGUUGAGGGUCAUUUCUGAUGAAGAAAAUUUUUAACAUGGAUCUUGUUUUAUAUGAUGGAUUAUAUGUAGUCUGCGGAAUCUACUUGGAUACCUAGGAAUAAUGGUCUUACAGUUCUAUAGUUGGCUGUAGGAUGCAAUUCUGUUUCUGGAAUAAACAACAUUAGGAAGUGAAUCAUUCUUCAUGGGGGAAUGCUACUUUGAAGCACUAGCAAUGCUUGACACUCAAAUCUACAAUUUUCCAAAGAAAUGUAGAAUACACUUGCCUGCGUUUGAUGACCUAAUGUAAAGGUCGUAUCUGGUAUUAUAUCGAAAGUACAAGUUUAAAAUGAUGGUCAUAUGUUGUUGGAAAGUCUUUUAACAGUGAUCUAAGAACUGGAUGGACAAGAAUGAAAAAUUCCUUAUUGUACACCAAAGAUCCCU